AUGCGCGAAUCGCUUGGAGGGGUGGGUGGUGAGCUGGAUGAAGAGUGGGCACCUCCCACAGCAGAGCCACCAAUUUGUAGCCGAUCACCACGAACCGAAGGUGACACAACCGUGAUGCAGAGAGCCAUGUGUCCAUGGGAAUCGAGAGUUGACUUUGAUGAGACGCGGGAGCCAAAGAUUGUCUCCGAAGCGGUUUGUUUGUGUCGUCGAAGUCGUGGAGCCACUGGGGCCUUCUGUAUGCCGAUAAGAAGAGAAGUAAGAGCUAAACUCUUUCUAAAAAUCCAAAAUUAG